GCCUUCACACAUCCGAGUUCUCCGCAGAGGUGCGCAAGAGAGCAGAACGCACGGAGGGAAACUUGGAGAGGCUGUGGGAAACCCGAAAUCCGCAGCGUGUAAAGUAGUGCGUCUCCUCAAGUCUUUACCCCGAAGAAGGAAGGUUUAACUACUGGUGUGCAACUUUUGUUUCAUCUCGUCUGUGAAAAUGUCCGGUGGUCCUUUGGGCACGGCGCUGGCAGUGACUUUGCUCGCCUGCGCUGUGCAGUGUAUACCGAAAGUAACGGGGAAACAUAGGAGACAAGCGCGCGAGCCUUCGGUGUCCCAAGAAGAUGGAUGUGUUGAAAAUAGUCGCUAUCAUCGAGUUGGAGAGCAGUGGGAACGAAGCUAUCUGGGCAGCAUGUUGGUCUGCACUUGUCAUGGAGCGUCUGGUAUUAAGUGUAAAUCAAAACCAGAAGCUGAGGAGACCUGCUAUGAUAAAGUGACCGGACAGUCCUAUCGAGUUGGAGAGACUUAUGAAAGGCCCAAAGAUGGGAUGAUCUGGGACUGCACAUGCAUUGGCUCCGGUCGAGGGAAAAUCAGUUGCACCAUUGCAAACCGCUGUCACGAGGGAGGUCAAUCCUACAAGAUUGGAGACACCUGGAGGAGGCCCCAUGAUACUGGAGACUACAUGCUCGAGUGCGUCUGUUUGGGCAAUGGGAAAGGAGAAUGGACGUGCAAACCCGUUGCGGAGCGCUGUUAUGACAACACUGCUGGCACAUCUUACAUGGUUGGUGAGACCUGGGAGAAGCCCUACCAAGGCUGGAUGAUCGUGGACUGCACCUGUCUAGGAGAAGGAAGUGGACGCAUCACAUGCACAUCUAGAAACCGUUGUAAUGACCAAGACACACGCACCUCUUACCGCAUCGGAGACACGUGGAGCAAGACCGAUUCUCGCGGACACAUGUUGCAAUGUUUGUGUACUGGUAACGGCCGUGGAGAGUGGAAGUGUGAGAGACACGCGUCACUGCACACCACCAGCCUUGGUACGGGGUCUCGUGUGGUAACCAACGUCCAGCCCGGCGUGUUCCAGCCUCUGCCGCUACCUGAAAGCCCAUUAGAGGGAACAUGUGUGAUGGACGCUGGUGUUUCAUACUCAUUGGGCAUGCGCUGGAUCAAGACACAAGGCAGCAAACAGAUGCUGUGUACCUGCUUGGGGAAUGGCGUUAGCUGUGAAGAAUGGGAUAGCAAGACCCAGGUGUAUGGUGGAAAUUCAGGCGGGCAGCCUUGUGUUUUCCCGUUUGUGUUCAUGGGAAAAACAUUUCAUUCCUGCAUUUCUGAGGGGCGCAGUGAUGGACAGCUCUGGUGUAGCACCUCGUCUGACUUUGAGAAAGAUUACAAGUUCUCCUUUUGUACUGGAAAGAAUGGUUUAAUAACAACCAGAGGAGGAAACUCCAAUGGUGCCUUGUGUCAUUUCCCUUUCCUCUACAACGGUCGUAAUUACACUGACUGCACUGCUGAUGGCAGAAGAGAUGGUAUGAAAUGGUGCGGCACCACUUAUAACUUUGACGGGGAGCAGCGGUUUGGCUUCUGUCCCAUGGCAGCUCAUGAGGAGGUGUGCACCGCUAGUGAGGGUGUGAUGUAUCGUGUGGGUGAUCAGUGGGACAGACGGCACGAAGUUUUGGGUCAUAUGAUGCGCUGCACGUGCGUCGGUAAUGGACGUGGAGAAUGGAGCUGCGUCGCCUACUCGCAACUCAAAGACCAGUGCAUUGUGGAUGGUUUGACCUACGAAGUGAAUCAGACUUUCACCAAACAACACGAAGAGGGCUACCUGAUGAACUGCACCUGUUUCGGUCAAGGCCGUGGACGUUGGAAGUGUGACGCUAUCGAUCAAUGUCAGGAGCCGGAGACCAGAGUGUUUUAUCAGAUCGGAGAUUCCUGGGACAAACUUAUUCAAGGGAUCCACUACAAAUGUUACUGUUAUGGAAAUGGCAUCGGAGAAUUAAGCUGCGAGCCUCAACAGUCUUUCCCUGGUGGUCAUCGUCCAGUUCAGGUGAUUAUAACCGAAUCUGGCAACCAGCCCAACUCUCACCCGAUCCAAUGGAACACUUCUCCUUCUGCACACAUCACACAGUAUAUACUCAAAUGGAGACAGAAAAACACUAAUAGCCGUUGGAUGGAGGUCAAUAUUCCAGGGCAUCUGAACUCUUACACCAUUGCUGGACUGAAGCCAGGAAUCACCUAUGAGGGUCAACUCAUCAGCAUUCUGCGUUUCGGACGUAGAGAAGUCACACGCUUUGACUUUACCACAAACUAUGGUUCAUUGUCACCUUUUGAGGGAGAGACCACCCAGCCCCCUCCGGUCGUGGAUACCUCUGAAUCUGUGACUGAGAUCACAUCCAGCAGUUUUGUCAUCUCUUGGAUGUCUGCGUCCGACACAGUGUCUGGAUUCAGGAUUGAAUAUGAGCUGAGUGAGGAGGGUGGUCAGACUGGACAGCCCAUUGUUUUGGACCUGCCUCAUACGGCUACAUCGGUGAAUAUUAGUGAACUUCUCCCAGGAAGGAAGUACACAGUUAAUGUUUAUGAAGUGACCAACCAAGGAGAACCGAAUCUGAUUCUUACCACUUCACAGACUACAGCUCCUGAUGCUCCUUCUGACCAUGAAGUGGAUAAUGUGGAGGAUACAGCCAUUGUUAUCAGUUGGUCAAAACCUCAGGCUCCUAUCACGGGUUAUCGUGUGGUGUACACACCAUCAGAAGAGGGCAGUUCUGGCAGUACUGAACUGAAUUUGCCUAACACUGCCACCUCAGUGACCCUGAGUGACCUUCGGCCGGGUCGCCUCUAUAACAUCAGUAUCUACUCUGUUGAAGAAAGUUUAGAGAGUGAACCGGUUUUUGUUCAGGUCACCACUACUGGGGAACCACUGUCAGAGGAAGUCCCUUCUCCAACUGAUCUGCAGUUCUUUGAAGUGUCUGACUCCAAAAUCACAAUCACUUGGACCAGUCCAUCCACAGCUGUCUCCGGCUAUCGUGUAUCUGUAGCUGAAGUAGGUCCAGACGGACUGACAGAGAAAGAGACGCCGCUGCCAGUAACACGCAAUGCUUACGCUGAGGUCAUGAACCUCCGGCCUGGAACCCUGUACCGUUUCUUCAUCUUUGCUCUCGUAUCAGGGGGAGAAAGUGAACCACUGGUUGGGGAGCAAGCUACAAAGCCCGAUUCACCCACCAAUGUCCAGUUUACUGAUGUUACUGAGGACAGCGCUGUGAUCCUCUGGUCUGCUCCUAGAGCUGAAAUCACAGGUUACCGACUCUUCCUCACUUUUGGGGGCUCGAACCCCAAACAGCUGCGUAUUCCUGCCCACCUGUCACAGUACACCCUCCUCAACCUCGUGCCAGAUACUGAAUACACCGCCACCCUACACGCAGAGAAAAACAAUGUGCUCAGCGAGGGCUCCUUAGCCACUUUCACCACAAUUCAUCCAAUGGGAAAUGCUCCUCACUUCAACACUGAUGUCACAGACACUGCCAUCACCAUCACCUGGUCUCCUGUUCCUAAAACUGGAUACAAGUUGACUGUAAGGCCCAGCCAAGGUGGUGAAGCCCCAAGAGACGAGACUUCAGAGUCUGGUACUAUCUUCAUCUCAGGCCUGAAACCUGGAGUUGAGUACACAUACAGUGUUCAGCCAAUCAUCAACGGUCAUCAGCACGGCAACCCCAUCACCCAACAAGUGGUCACCCAGCCCGAUUCACCCACCAAUAUCCACUUCACUAACGUUACUGGGGACAGCGCUGUGAUCCUCUGGUCUGCUCCUACAGCUGAAAUCACAGGUUACCGACUCUUCCUUACUUAUGAGGGCUCGAGCCCCAGACAACUGCGUAUUCCUGCCCGCCUGUCACAGUACAACCUCAUCAACCUCCUGCCAGAUACUGAAUACACCGCCACCCUACACGCAGAGAAAAACAAUGUGCUCAGCAAGGGCUCUUCAGCCACUUUCACCACAAUUCCCCCAAUAGGAAAUGUUCCUCACUUCAACACUGAUGUCACAGACACUGCCAUCAUCAUCACCUGGUUGCCUGUUCCUAAAAUUGGAUACAAGUUGACCGUAAGGCCCAGCCAAGGUGGAGAAGCCCCAAGAGACGAGACUUCAGAGUCUGGUACUAUCUUCAUCUCAGGCCUAACACCUGGAGUUGAGUACACAUACAGUGUUCAGCCGAUCAUCAACGGUCAUGAGCAUGGCAACCCCAUCACCCACCGAGUGGUCACCCAGCCCGAUUCACCCACCAAUAUCCACUUCCGUAACGUUACUGGGGACAGCGCUGUGAUCCUCUGGUCUGCUCCUACAGCUGAAAUCACAGGUUACCGUCUCUUCAUCACUUAUGAGGGUUCGAGCCCCAGACAACUGCGUAUUCCUGCCCACCUGUCACAGUACAACAUCAUCAACCUCCUACCAGAUACUGAAUACACCGCCACCCUACACGCAGAGAAAAACAAUGUGCUCAGCGAGGGCUCCUCAGCCACUUUCACCACAAUUCAUCCAAUGGGAAAUGUUCCUCACUUUAACACUGAUGUCACAGACACUGCCAUCAUCAUCACCUGGUCUCCUGUUCCUAAAAUUGGAUACAAGUUGACUGUAAGGCCCAGCCAAGGUGGUGAAGCCCCAAGAGACGAGACCUCAGAGUCUGGGACUAUCUUCAUCUCAGGCCUGACACCUGGAGUUGAGUACACAUACAGUGUUCAGCCGGUCAUCAACGGUCAUCAGCACGGCAAACCCAUCACCCAACAAGUGGUCACCCAGCCCGACUCACCCACCAAUAUCCACUUCCGCAACGUUACUGGGGACAGCGCUGUGAUCCUGUGGUCUGCUCCUACAGCUGAAAUCACAGGUUAUCGUCUCUUUAUCACUUUUGAGGGUUCGAGCCCCAGACAACUGCGUAUUCCUGGCCACCUGUCACAGUACAAGCUCAUCAACCUUGUGCCAGAUACUGAAUACACCACCACCCUACACGCAGAGAAAAACAAUGUUCUCAGUGAGGGCUCUUCAGCCACUUUCACCACAAUUCAUCCAAUGGGAAAUGUUCCUCACUUCAACACUGAUGUCACAGACUCUGCCAUCAUCAUCACCUGGUCUCCUGUACCUAAAAUUGGAUACAAGUUGACCGUAAGGCCCAGCCAAGGUGGUGAAGCCCCAAGAGACGAGACCUCAGAGUCUGGUACUAUCUUCAUCUCAGGCCUGACACCUGGAGUUGAGUACACAUACAGUGUUCAGCCGAUCAUCAACGGUCAUGAGCAUGGCAACCCCAUCACCCAACAUGUGGUCACCCAGCCCGAUUCACCCACCAAUAUCCACUUCCGUAACGUUACUGGGGACAGCGCUGUGAUCCUCUGGUCUGCUCCUACAGCUGAAAUCACAGGUUACCGUCUCUUCCUUACUUAUGAGGGCUCGAGCCCCAGACAACUGCGUAUUCCUGGCCACCUGUCACAGUACAACAUCAUCAACCUCCUACCAGAUACUGAAUACACCGCCACCCUACACGCAGAGAAAAACAAUGUGCUCAGCGAGGGCUCCUCAGCCACUUUCACAACAAUUCAUCCAAUGGGAAAUGUUCCUCACUUCAACACUGAUGUCACAGACACUGCCAUCAUCAUCAGCUGGUCUCCUGUUCAUAAAAUUGGAUACAAGUUGACUGUAAGGCCCAGCCAAGGUGGAGAAGCCCCAAGAGACGAGACCUCAGAGUCUGGUACUAUCUUCAUCUCAGGCCUGACACCUGGAGUUGAGUACACAUACAGUGUUCAGCCGGUCAUCAACGGUCAUCAGCACGGCAACCCCAUCACCCGACAUGUGGUCACCCAGCCCGAUUCACCCACCAAUAUCCACUUCCGUAACAUAACUGGGGACAGCGCUGUGAUCCUCUGGUCUGCUCCUAGAGCUGAAAUCACAGGUUACCGACUCUUCAUCACUUAUGAGGGCUCGAGCCCCAGACAACUGCGUAUUCCUGGCCACCUUUCACAGUACAAGCUCAUCAACCUCCUACCAGAUACUGAAUACACCGCCACCCUACACGCAGAGAAAAACAAUGUGCUCAGCGAGGGCUCCUCAGCCACUUUCACCACAAUUCAUCCAAUGGGAAAUGUUCCUCAGUUCAACACUGAUGUCACAGACACUGCCAUCAUCAUCAGCUGGGCUGUUGUACCUAAAAUUGGAUACAAGUUGACCGUAAGGCCCAGCCAAGGUGGUGAAGCCCCAAGAGACGAGACCUCAGAGUCUGGUACUGUCUUCAUCUCAGGCCUGACACCUGGAGUUGAGUACACAUACAGUGUUCAGCCGAUCAUCAACGGUCAUGAGCACGGCAAACCCAUUACCCAACAUGUGGUCACUCAGCCCGAUUCACCCACCAAUGUCCACUUCCGUAACGUAACUGGGGACAGCGCUGUGAUCCUCUGGUCUGCUCCUAGAGCUGAAAUCACAGGUUACCGUCUCUUCAUCACUUAUGAGGGUUCAAGCCCCAGACAACUGCGUAUUCCUGCCCACCUGUCACAGUACACCCUCCUCAACCUCGUGCCAGAAACUGAAUACACCGCCACCCUACAAGCAGAGAAAAACAAUGUGCUCAGCGAGGGCUCCUCAGCCACUUUCACCACAAUUCAUCCAAUGGAAAGUGCUCCUCACUUCGACACUGAUGUCACAGACACUGCCAUCAUCAUCACCUGGUCUCCUGUUCCUAAAAUUGGAUACAAGUUGACCGUAAGGCCCAGCCAAGGUGGUGAAGCCCCAAGAGAUGAGACUUCAGAGUCUGGUACUAUCUUCAUCUCAGGCCUGACACCUGGAGUUGAGUACACAUACAGUGUUCAGCCGGUCAUCAACGGUCAUCAGCAUGGCAACCCUAUCACCCAACAUGUGGUCACCCAGCCCGAUUCACCCACCAAUAUCCACUUUACUAACGUUACUGGGGACAGCGCUGUGAUCCUCUGGUCUGCUCCUACAGCUGAAAUCACAGGUUACCGUCUCUUCCUUACUUAUGAGGGCUCGAGCCCCAGACAACUGCGUAUUCCUGCCCACCUGUCACAGUACAACCUCAUCAACCUCCUGCCAGAUACUGAAUACACCGCCACCCUACACGCAGAGAAAAACAAUGUGCUCAGCAAGGGCUCCUCAGCCACUUUCACCACAAUUCAUCCAAUGGAAAUUGUUCCUCACUUCAUCACUGAUGUCACAGACACUGCCAUCAUCAUCAGCUGGUCUCCUGUACCUAAAAUUGGAUACAAGUUGACCGUAAGGCCCAGCCAAGGUGGAGAAGCCCCAAGAGAUGAGACUUCAGAGUCUGGUACUAUCUACAUCUCAGGCCUGAAACCUGGAGUUGAGUACACAUACAGUGUUCAGCCGGUCAUCAACGGUCAUCAGCGUGGCAACCCCAUCACCCAACAUGUGGUCACCCAGCCUGAUUCACCCACCAAUGUCCAGUUUACUGAUGUUACUGAGGACAGCGCUGUGAUCCUCUGGUCUGCUCCUAGAGCUGAAAUCACAGGUUACCGUCUCUUCCUCACUUAUGAGGGCUCGAACCCAAAACAGCUGCGCAUUCCUGCCCGCCUCUCACAGUACACCCUCCUCAACCUCGUGCCAGAUACUGAAUACACCGCCACCCUACACGCAGAGAAAAACAAUGUGCUCAGCGAGGGCUCCUCAGCCACUUUCACCACAAUUCAUCCGAUGGGAAAUGUUCCUCACUUCAACACUGAUGUCACAGACACUGCCAUCAUCAUCAGCUGGUCUCCUGCCCCUAAAAUUGGAUACAAGUUGACCGUAAGGCCCAGCCAAGGUGGAGAAGCCCCAAGAGACGAGACUUCAGAGUCUGGUACUAUCUUCAUCUCAGGCCUGACACCUGGAGUUGAGUACACAUACAGUGUUCAGCCGAUCAUCAACGGUCAUGAGCAUGGCAACCCCAUCACCCACCGAGUGGUCACCCCUCUUUCUCCACCUACUGAUCUGAACUUGGUCUCCAACCCAAACACCGGCGAGGUGAUCGUUCAGUGGAACGAUGCCAAAACUCCAGACAUCACUGGAUACAGAGUAACUUGUACCCCCACGAGUGGGCAAGAGGGGAACUCACUGGAAGAGUUUGUGAAGGCAGGACAGAACUCGUGUACUUUAGAUAAACUGAGUCCAGGAGUGGAGUACAAUGUCAGCGUGUACACUGUGAAAGACGACAUGGAGAGCGUUCCUGUCUCCACCACAGUCACUCCGGAUGUGCCAAAAAUAACUGACCUUAACUUUAUCAACAUCACUGACUCAACCAUUGGCGUCACAUGGAAGCCUCUGAACUCCACGGCUGUCACCGGGUACCGCAUCACAGUGGUCGCUGCAGGGGACAGUCUGCCCAUUCUUGUUGAAUAUGUGGAGCCCACGACAGGCGUCUAUACCGUGCAUGGUUUGGAGCCAGGGAUUGAUUAUAAUAUCACCAUCACCACACUCACAGAAAAUGGCGAGAGCGAGCCCGUUACCACCAUCCAACAUACAGCUGUUCCCGUCCCAUCUAAUCUGUCAUUCAAAGAAGUGACUGCAGACAGUAUGAAGGUCACCUGGAAUUCCCCUCAGGUGUCCAUACCUUCCAAUAUCAACCGCUACAUUGUGCGCUAUCACCCUGUCGAUGACGAAGACGACACCGUUGAGCACACUGUGAAGGGAUACUCUAAUUUUGUCAAUCUUCAACAUCUGGUGCCCAACACCGAGUAUUUGGUGAGCGUUCAGUGUGUCUAUGAGGGUAGGACAAGCUCACCUAUUAUUGCCACUAAGAGAACAGUCCUGGAUUCUCCCGUCGGCCUGCAAUUCUCUGACGUCGGCACCAACUCCUUCACCGUGCGCUGGCAGGCUCCUCAAGCGGUUAUCUCCGGAUACCGUAUCCACUAUCAGAUGACCAGCGGUGGGCGUGCCAAAGAGGAGAGAUUGCCCCCAUCGAGAAGCCAUUUUACUCUUACAGGCCUGACCCCAGAGACGGAGUACAGCAUUAGCAUCUAUGCCGUCAGCGGGCAUCGCCAAAGCCUCCCUUUGACUGGAACUCAGUCUACAAUCUCUGAUGCACCCACUGAUUUGGAAGUCAUCUCCUCUACGCCAACCAGCAUCACCGUUCGCUGGGACGCCCCCUCUGUCACCGUGAGGUACUACAGGAUCACGCAUGGCGAGUCAGGAGGUUUUGAUGCACCUCAGGAAUUUACUGUCCCUGGCUCAGAGACCACUGCCACCAUUGAAGGUCUCCGUCCCGGCACUGACUACACCAUCACCGUUUAUGCUGUGACCGGCAGAGGGGACAGUCCUGCCUCCAGUACCCCCAUCCAUCUUAUACACAGAACAGAUAUUGACUCUCCAUCCGAGAUGGAGGUGACCGAUGUUAAGGACAAUACUAUUACUGUACGCUGGACUCCAGCUGCUGGUCCAAUCUCAGGGUAUCGUGUCACAGGGACUCCACUAAAUGGACAAGGACCCGUCUUCUCUGAAGUGGUGGCACCAGAUCAAACGGAAAUGACGUUCUCAGGCUUGAUGCCAACAGCAGAGUACACAGUCAGCGUUUAUGCGCUGGGUCAGAAUGGAGAAAGCCCGCCAUUGGUCGAAACUGUAGUCACAACUGUGGACAAACCCAAGGACCUGACCUUCUCUGACGUUGACUCAACCUCCAUGCGCAUCUCCUGGGAGAGUCCUGAUGGUGUGGUCACCUCUUACAGAGUGUUAUUUUAUAGUCCAGAGGAGGGCGAGAGAGAGCUGUUCCCUGCCCCGCGUGGAGAUGCGGAGUCUGCGGAGAUUCACGACCUCAGACCUGGCACAGAGUACACGGUUAAAGUCAUUGCAUUGCAUGACCGGACCCUGAGCACACCUCUGGUGGGCACCCAAACAACAGCAAUUCCUGGACCCACCAGUGUGAAUUUCUCCAAAGUGAGUCCUACAUCCUUCACCAUUUCCUGGCCUUCUUCCAACGUCAAGCUCACUGGUUACCGCGUAGCCAUCACCCCCAAGAGCAAAAGUGGCCCUACUAAGGAGGUCAACAUCGCCCCCGACUCCACCGAGUUUCAUGCAACCGGACUCAUGCCCGGCACUGAUUAUGAAGUCGAGGUUUACGGUGUAAAGGAUUCCCUCACCAGCAAUCGUGUGAAGGCAGAAGUUACGACACCCGACAACAUCAGUCCACCUCGACGUGUUCGUAUAUCUAACGUAAAAGACACCUCCAUCACUCUCACCUGGCGCUCUAAGAUUGAAUCUAUCUCCGGCUUCCUGGUAGAAGCCACGCCCACCACUGGCGGCCAUAAUCCUGUCCAAAGAAUCAUUGAACCUGAUUCACGCACAUACACUAUUACAGGUCUGGAGCCGGGAACCAACUAUAAGAUCAAUAUGUACACUCUGAAUGGAAAUUCACGCAGUGAGCCAUUCACCCUUACAGCUACUACAGCUAAACCAGUAAUUAGUCCUCCUACAAACAUUCGCUUUACUGAUUUGACCUCCAACACAAUCUCCUUUACCUGGGAGCCUCCACGAAGCACCAUCACCGGGUACUACAUCACUUAUGAGGAGGCUGGAGAUAUUCCUAAAGAGUUGAUCCCUAGACCUCAGGCUGGCAGGACCUUUGCUUUUAUCUCUGGUUUGAAACCAGGCACUGAAUACGUUAUUAAGAUUGUUGCUUUAAAUAAUGCCCAGAGAAGCACUCCCCUGGUUGGAAAGGCAAGAACCCAAGCAGAAAGUCUUCCACUGCCACCUCAGCUGCCCGAACCCAACCGACCCCGUAUUGAUAUCUUGGAUGUCCCAGAAGUAAAUGACAACUUCAACAACUAUGUGCAUGUGUUGGGGCCAGACAGACACAACACACAGGGACAGCAGGGCCAACACGUCUACACUGAAUAUCAGAGCCUCAACUUGGGCCAGCACCCCCAUGCUCCAAACCACCGCGAGCCCCUAGUCUACAUCCCCCUGGCAGGAGCCGACGGUCAGAGAGUUCCAGUGGUGAGGGUUAAUGAGGGUCCUGAACCAGGCUUCCCAUUCAUAGACCUUUACAAUGAGACAAACCUGCCCCAGGAAGCUCAGACACAGACCACAAUUAUUUGGCAGCCUGUGCCACACACUUCAGAAUAUGUUGUGUCCUGCAGUCCCAUUACAGAGAUCAAUGACAAGAGCUUUCAGAUGCGUCUGCCUGGUACGUCCAACAGCGCCACACUGAUCGGCCUCACUUCUGGUGCUUCCUACAAUGUUGUUGUGGAGUCCAUCAAUGGAGAACAAACACAAAAAGUUUUAGAAGAUGUGGUGACUGCCGGAAACAGCGUUCCAGGGGCUGGAAUGAUUCCCACAAGAAAGGAUGUGUGUUAUGACACAUUCACCGCCACCUACCACGAGGUGGGAGCGGAGUGGGAGCGAAUGUCAGAGAGCGGCUUUAAACUGUGGUGCAAGUGUCUCGGCCUCGGCAGUGGCCAUUUCAGAUGUGAUUCAGCCAAGUGGUGCCAUGACAACGGCCACAACUACAGAAUUGGUGAGAAGUGGGACCGUCGUGCCGAGAACGGUCACAUGAUGAGCUGCACAUGUCUGGGCAAUGGAAAAGGAGAAUUUAAGUGUGAACCUCAUGAGUCCAGCUGCUAUGAUGAAGGAAAGCUGUACCAGUUGGGCAACCAAUGGCAGAAGGAGUAUCUCGGAGCCAUUUGCACCUGUACCUGUUUUGGAGGACAACAGGGCUGGCGUUGCGAGAACUGCCGUCGACCGGGUGCCGAAGUUGACAUGGACCUCAUUCAACCGCCUGUUCGCACAGAUGCUUUUGACCGCUACAGGGAGAACGCCCUACGUAAACUAAACAUCCAAUGCCCCAUCGAGUGCCUCAGACCAGAACUGCUAGCAGAUGCCCAGAGCCCUCAAGAAUAAAUGUACAUAUCAGCUUUGAGAGGACAUGGCCCUUAGAGACUGUUUUAGCUCCUUUAAUGUCCUUCUCUUCACCCACACUGCAAAUUCUGUCCUGCUGCUUCCGCCCAUCUGUGACAUCACGCCCCCAAGACCCUUCUUCCAAUUGGUUGAAACCUCAGCCAGUUGGUUGGUUGAUUCUUUACCUCUCACUGUUUAGAGGUAAUCCAAAGAAAGGAGAGCCGCCAUAUACAUCAAGACUCCAACGUUUUGUGGUUCUUCUCCACUAUACAUCAAUGAAACCUUCCACGUCCUAUUGGAAUCAACACAUCUUGCCUUUUUGUUUCUCAGUAUUAUCACCUGAUGUCUGAUUGCAAUGAUUUUAUAUGCAUUUUGUGACUUUGUGUAUUUUUGUCAGAGAUCAAAACGUUUAUUGGUGUCCUCUUCUAAAACAAGCACUGUCUUACAAUGAAAACCUUUGUGCCUUGUAGGCAUCUUUUUUUGUACCCCUCUUUAAUCUGAUUAGUUGGUUAAAAUCUGUGGCCUUUGUAUCCUUCAGGAGACAAAGGAAAGCACUGUUUUAAUGAAGUAAUAUUUUUUUCUUUAUUUAUCCCUUUUAUGUUUGAGUUUUGAUGGAAUUCAGAUUAUGGGUGUAUGCGGUUUUGUUUUUGUGUUUUAGGUGCCAAAGUCUUAACUACUGUGGACAAAAAUACUUUUUGAUAAAACAUUUUUAGAAAAAAAAGUUUG